CGAUAUUUCUCACCGACGGCGCCCAUUCGGUCCUAUCUCUGCCCCUCAGCUGGGCACAACGAACUACCCGAACGGAGCCGUUCCACUUGCCACCACGAGACAAUUGCGAAACGCCCGUUCAUCGUCCUAUGCGUCUAGCUGCCGAAUACUGAGAGAUCAUUUUUAUUGCUCUCCACCCCUGGAUGUUUGGCUUGAGGCAACUUUCCCUCGAAUAUGGAGUUCCCGCGGCUGUCCUCCCCGCCUUCGAUCCACGUCCAUGAUUUCAACAACAGCUAUGACCGCCGCAUGUCCACGGUUAAUUCAUCGUCCCAUCCUGUUGGUGAACAGUCCUUCUCAUCGCCUGGGCCGAUGAGGAUUCCUACCAAGAAUGUGCAGGACUUUGCUCCUCCUCCGCUUCCGCCUCCACCCCAUAUAAACGCCCUGCAAUCGGGUCAUGAUGCUGGCUGGAUUCACGCGAAUUCACCUGGGUUUGGUAGUUUUGGAAAAUUGACCCCAAUUGACCCUGGCUCAAGCCUGUACGGAGGUCAUUCACGCCCAGAACCACUGGCCAGAAGUGACAGAUCAAUGGUGUCUGAACUAGAAAGAACUAGUGGUACACCUCUAUCCAAAAGUCCACAGCCUCCUAUUAAGAUUGACCUUCCUCACCGGACCGAUGAGGGCUUUCGAGGUUCUGUCUCUUCAAGCAUGCCAGGACCAAUUCUCGAAGGUGAGCGGGAUUUCUCUCGCAAGAGCGUGAAAAGCUCUUCAGAUGCAUACGACCAACAUCUCCUCUCGAAAAUCGGAAAACCACACUCUCCAUCACGACACCCCGGUCCUUUGGGUAUAGACGCCCGGAAUUCGUUGACAGCGUUGCCUUUCCAUCCACGGAGUGCGGGAACCCUUCCCUCUCCUGGCGCUCCCGACGGCCCGGGAGGUUCGUUGGAGCUUAGAUGGUAUAAUAACUCCUCUGGAGGUAUUUCACCAGGGACAAAGCUCGGAUGGAAAGACUAUAUGGACUGCCGGAGUCCUAGUGUUGAAAGCAACGCUCCUUUCGGGCUUGACUUUGAGAAUGCUGCUCGUCGAUCUGCUGGUGGUGUGACUCCUCAGUCUGAGGACACGUUCAGUUUACCUAGUCGAUCGAACCGGGGAAGCUAUGACCAAGGCGUCUUUUCGGAUGUGGAGGGCGACUUUUCUGCUGAAGAUUCUACACAAUAUCGGCAGGGCCCCUUGGGAGAACGUACUCCCCCUUAUCUCGACGGGGCGUCAACUCAGUACAAGCAGCAAGGCAUGAAGAGAAGAGCGUCGACAAGCAACGGUGAUCGCCAAAGGCGGACCACAGAACAUCCAUUCACUAAUUCAACUUCUCCUAAUUCCCGCUAUCAAGUCUGUCCCGGAUCACUGUCAUCGGCCUCUUCUGCAAGCCUACGGACCGGCUCCUAUGCUUCAUCCGCUGGAUUGUCAUUGGGAGGCAGCAGUGUAACAAGCAUCUCUUCAUACGAUCGUCUCUCCCCUGGAGGCAUAUCGCCCGGUUCGGAGUUCGAGCAGUACCACGAGAAGACAAUCCUCAAUCCCAGUCCUCCAGCAUCUCUGAUCGGUCAACCGGCUGCCAGAGGUGCCCAGUACUGCGCAGUGUCCGAGGCUCAGAAUGCAGUAACGGCACGGAAGAUGUCCGUACAGACAACGUUGAACGUGUCGAAGCCGACAGGCCCAGGGAUCCAAGGCAUGUUCAUUUGUGACUGCUGCCCAAAGAAACCAAAGAAGUUUAGCAGCCCUGAAGAACUGAGGGCCCACGAGUCAGAGAAGCAAUACUCAUGCCAGUUCUGCAACAACCGGUUCAAGAACAAGAACGAGGCUGAGCGUCAUCAGAAUUCGCUCCAUCUCCGUCGUCAUUCUUGGUCUUGUGCUGCUCUGUCGGGCUACCAAGCUGCUUUUCACUCCUCUAUCUCACCAGCGGCCCAAACCAGUGCUGGUCCCUCCCAUGAUACUUGCGGAUACUGCGGCGAAGACUUCCCUAAUUUCCCGCAACCCGACUGGGACCGCAGAUUUGAGCAUCUGACCAGCGUGCACAAGUUCGGGGAAUGCAACAAUGCCAAGAAGUUCUACCGCGCGGAUCAUUUCCGGCAGCAUCUGAAGCAUAGCCACGCAGGCACCAGCGGGAAGUGGACUAAUAUCCUCGAAAAUGCGUGCAUGAAGGAUGAACCACAGGCUGAGUCCAGACUGGGAAGCAUCAGUGAACAAGGGGGCCGAGGGCCCUCAAGUGUGAACGGAGCCGGUACUACGGUCUCAUCAACAGGAACCCUCAGCUCAAACACCAUCGAUGAAGUAAUGGACGAAUCCUAGAUCAGAUCAUAUUCUUCCCUCAUUCGCAUUUACGGUACCGUUCGACUUUGGGGAAAGGAAACGUUUCACCCCGCAUUUUUUCCUUCUUGGCAGGCGUCUUUCGGCUAUUG